UCUGUUCCUAUAGCAACACCAGCAACAUUUGAAACACCYAGCACCAUCCAUGGCUCACCACACAAUGAAAGAGAACAACAACCUUCAAAUACAGCAUCAACCAGUGAACAAACUAGCCAAGAAACAAAACAAGAACCYUCAGAUACAACACUUGAUAAGUUUCUAGCUAAACACACAAGUGAAGACAAUGAGUCCUUUGAACAAAUAAUGGAACAAGCCCGRCUUAAGCAGAGACAAAAAUAUAGUUGGCUUUAUAAAAAAGAAGAGGAACAGUUAGAAAAUAGUGAAAAACGUCUUGCAUUAUGUGAAAAUAAGGAUGGUGAUCAGUUGAUGCUGGAAGAUCGUCCUGCAAUGAUUGACACUUGGAAGUACAAAAACAAAAAUGCUUUAAUGUARUGUCCUGAAGGCAUGGAAUACUCAGUCAAAGAGAAAAUAGAAAAUCAAAAAUCGAAACCACAAGAAGUACAACAUGUUAAUACACGGUUUACUAAAAAKCCCUUUCCUGAUGAAUCUUGUAGUGGUUCAUUAGUGUCGGCUGCUGCUGCUAAGCAAGCCAAUCAUCAGGGAAAAGUGGGUGUUGAUGGACUUGAACAGAAUCCUAAUGAAAGUCCUCGUGUAAAUGGCUUUGGGUUUGUGGCUGCUACACCUUCAUUGGAACCAGGAGUUGAUGCAUCACCUCUUAUGACUUGGGGAUCCAUUGAUGGAACACCAUUUAGACUAGAUGCUAGUGACACACCAAGACCAAAUACCCCAGGACAGGUGUUCAAGAUGCCUGAACCAAAGAAAAGGGAACAAAUAGGACUUGCACUUGCAGAGAAAGUCAGUAGGAAACACAGAGAAAAGACCAGACAAGCAAGAGCUCAAGCAGCAGCAAUGAUUGGGAA